AUGGACAAACCUGUGCUGGUGGCCAUUGUUGCACCUUUAAUUGGCCAUUUGACACAAUCUAUACAAUUAGCCAAACUGAUACUUGAGAAAAACAAUCAACUCUCAAUUUCACUUCUGGUCAUUAAGGUGCCUAUUGAUCCCCAAGGCACCAACAAAAUCCAAACCUUCAUCGACGGCUGCAAUGUCGAACGCCUCCAUUUCCACCACCUCCCCCAACCAGAAAACACAGAUAACUGGACAUCCCAUAGAGGGCUGUUCGUAAAUCAGCUACUAGAAUUUCAGAAACUUCAUGUCAGAGAAUACGUCUCUAAAAUCAAAGGUCUCUGUGGAUUCUUACUUGAUGUGAUGACCACAACCAUGAUUGAUGUAGCAGAUGAAUUUCAGGUUCCUAGCUACAUUUUUUGCACUUCUGGUGCUGGUUUUAUUGGUCUUAUGCUCUAUGUCCAAUCCCUCCAAGAUGAUCAUAACCAAGAUACAAUUGAACUGUUCAAAACAAGUAAAGAAUUGAUUGCACCUUGUUUUCUUCAACCAAUUCCUGUCAGCGUCCUGCCUAUUAUCAUAACUGACAAGCUACAAUGGUCAAUUAGGAUGCACAAGUGGGCACAACAGUACAGAAGGGCCAAGGGCAUCAUAGUGAACACAUUCGCCGCGCUUGAAGAUUAUGCUCUCAAAUCUUUCUUGAAAGGUUCAGCUUAUGGAAAGUCGGGGGUUCCACAAAUCUAUCCCAUCGGGCCGAUUCUGAACAGGUUCGAAUCAAAGAUUAAAAACCAAUCAGAAAUAAUGGAAUGGCUGGAUAAUCAGCCAGCCAAAUCAGUGGUUCUUCUGAGCUUUGGAAGUUUAGGAAGCUUCCAAUUGGAUCAAGUGAAGGAAAUAGCCAAUGGGUUGGAGCAAAGCGGCCAAAGGUUCCUUUGGGUUCUGAGGCAACCCCCAAAAGAGAAAGGAGGAUUUCCUACUGAGUAUGAGAAUGUGGAGCUCGUGCUGCCUGAAGGGUUUUUGGAUCGAACGGCUUCGAUUGGAAAAGUUGUUGGUUGGGUGCCACAAUUGGCUGUAUUGUCACACUUUGCUGUGGGAGGAUUUGUGUCACAUUGUGGGUGGAAUUCUAUAUUGGAGAGUAUAUGGUGUGGUGUGCCAAUUGCGACAUGGCCUUUGGCUGCAGAGCAAGAGUUGAAUGCAUUCCAAUUGGUCAAAGAGUUGGGAAUAGCUGUGGAGAUUAGCUUGGAUUACAAUGAAGCAAUGCAGCAUCAAUUGGUGAAAGCAGAGCAAAUUGGGAAAGGAGUAAGGCAACUCAUGGAUGGUGAGAAUGAAGUAAGGAAAAGGGUUCAAGAAAUCAGUGGGAAAAGCAGGGCAGCUGUGCAGGAAGGUGGAUCAUCUCAUUUGUGCUUUGAGAAUCUCAUGCAGACCAUAUGCAGAAUCUUCCAGAAUGGGUCCUAGGUUCCCAGCUAAGACCCUUAAAUCCUACCAAUUUUGUUUCAUAAUGUGCUCUAUGAACUUUCAAGAAAGUAUGGAAAAAAUAAUGGUGUUGGACUUGAAGAAUUAACUGCAUCAUUAUGGUCCUUUCUUUAAUUAUUUAGUUCCGAGAAUGUAAGACAGGAUUUGGUUUUUCAAGAGCUUUUGGACAGUGGAUCUUCACUUGUAUUCAAUUUCCAAAGGGAUUGUUUAAUUGAUUUUGAUUUUUCUUGUUUUUUG